AUGAACAAAGACACACUACCAGCAUCUAUACUCUCUGCAGACCUCGGUCAACUGAAUAGAGCAGUGACAAAUGCAACUCGCAUAUUGAAAGCAAAUCCCAACAUUGCAUUGAAUAUGGCCCGCUUUAUACCAAAGGAAAAUUUUAAGACUGGAGCCUUCCAACCUAUCCAACAACAACAACGUCGCACCUUGUUUUCUAGUAAUGGAGGCAGCAAUCGUAUCACUAAUUACCGACGAUUGAACAAGCUUGAACAAGAAGCCAAUGCUUCUCCAACGGAUGCAUUCAAACAAGCUACUUUAUACAAGGAAUGGCUCAGAUCAAACAACCCUCAAGCAGUGAUCACUCGAUUUGAACGUGGUAAUUUCACACAUAACGAAGAGUGCUGGCAAUACUACAUUGCUGCAUUAGCGCAGACAGGGAAAUCCGAAGCAGUAUUACCCAGAAUUUUGCAAAAACUGGAAGAAUCUGGAUCUCACAAGUUAUCUGAAGCUGCGGGUGGAAGCAAUCAGAGCGCCAUUACCAAAGAGAUCAUCCAGCAAGUGAUUGCCAGUCGCCAGGGAGGACGAGCUGUCAAAAUGGAGGGUGCUGGUGGCGCCAUUACUUCAGGAUCUGGCAACAAAUCAAAUCCCAUCUAUGUCGUCGUGGAAGAAGCUCGUAAAUACAUGUUUUGGAAGGCUUUGCGAUGGGUGGGCGUUACCUUGACAUACGCAUUUUGUAUUCUUACGAUUUUAUCACUCGCGUUGGAGAACUCUGGACUACUAAAGGCAGCCAACUCACAAACCGAAUAUGAGCCAGUAACACAAACAACAGUUCGUUUUGAGGAUGUCCAAGGUGUCGAUGAAGCCAAGCAAGAGUUGGAGGAGAUUGUCGAGUUCUUGAAGAAUCCUCAUCGAUUCACAGAAUUGGGCGGUAAAUUACCAAAGGGUGUGCUAUUGACAGGUCCUCCUGGUACUGGCAAAACUAUGCUUGCUCGAGCUGUCGCUGGGGAGGCCAAUGUGCCCUUCUUCUUUAUGAGUGGCAGUGAAUUCGAUGAAAUGUAUGUUGGCGUGGGUGCCCGCAGAGUUCGAGAAUUGUUUGCUGCUGCCAGAGCAAAGGCACCCAGUAUUGUAUUUAUUGAUGAAAUUGAUGCUAUCGGAUCAAAGAGAAACCCCAAGGACCAAUCUUACAUGAAGCAGACUCUGAAUCAGCUACUUGUCGAUCUAGAUGGUUUCUCCCAAACAGAAGGUGUCAUCUUUAUUGCAGCAACCAACUUCCCCGAGUUACUGGACAAGGCUCUCGUUAGACCUGGUCGAUUUGAUAGAACUGUCAAUGUUCCGCUGCCUGAUGUGAGAGGACGCAUUGAGAUCCUGAAACACCAUAUGAAAAAGAUUCAUGUCGCCAGCGAAGUAGAUGUCAGUGUUGUAGCAAGAGGCACCCCUGGAUUCAGUGGUGCUGAUUUAGCCAAUCUGGUCAAUCAAGCAGCCAUUCAAGCAAGCCGCGAAAACUGCAAAGAGAUCAAUCUGCGCCAUCUGGAAUAUUCCAAAGACAAGAUCAUCAUGGGAGCAGAGCGCAAAUCAGCAGUGAUUACAGAGGAGAACAAGAGAUUAACAGCAUAUCACGAAGGUGGACAUGCUCUUGUAGCUUACUACACACCAGGCGCCAUGCCAUUACACAAAGCUACGAUCAUGCCAAGAGGAUCAGCAUUGGGCAUGACAGUGCAACUGCCAGAGAUGGACAAGGAUUCCUUUACUAAAAAGGAGUUUUUAGCGCAAAUCGAUGUUUGUAUGGGCGGCAGAGUAGCCGAAGAGUUAAUAUUCGGACAAGACAAUGUUACUAGUGGAGCCAGCAAUGAUAUUAUGAAGGCCACCGACGUCGCCAAACGCAUGGUGCGCUAUUAUGGCAUGAGCGAGAAGGUGGGACCUGUGAACCACGACGAUGAUGACAUGCAAUUACUGAGCACACAAACCAAGCAACUGAUUGAGAGUGAAAUCCUGAACCUGAUUGAAAGCAGCGAAAAGAGAGCCAAGCACAUUCUCGUGGAGCAUCGUGAAGAAUUGGAUCGACUUGCCAAUGCUCUUGUUGAAUAUGAGACACUUGACUAUCAGGAAAUAAUAGACGCUUUAGCAGGCAAACCUAUUUCAAGGUCCAAAUAG